GGCGGCCGGGGAGCCAAUCCGAGGGGCUGUUCCUCAUGAGCGACGUGGAGGGAAAUGAAACUACACGGGAGGGAAGAAUGGAGAACAAAACAAACGGAGGACGAGGAGGAGGGAGAAGAAGAAGAAGUUUGUGUCGCAAGCCAUCGUUUUAUCACCUGUACGUAAGGUAGUUAGACCACUGGAUACACACGCCGUUUUUUAUUUAAGCAGAAGGUAGACGGCUUGUAUUGACCCGGGAGGGAGGGACUGUGAGGGACGGGACGGGAGGGGGUACACUUGUGGGUUGUUUUUGUUUCUGUUUGAAUUUUAAUUCAAACGUCAAGAAGGACAAAAAAAAAAAUGAGCGACUGUUCGGAAAACGGGGAGUCCGAACCCAAACGGCAACGCGCGUCCCCGAGCCCGGAGCGCGCAGCACCGGCGACGAAAAGGGCGAAACUGGAGAACACGGAGGGAGAGCCGCUCCUUUCUCCUCCUCCUCUGAACGGAGAACCGCAAAAAAUAAAAAUUAAUAACGCGGACAAGAAAAAGAAAGAGGAGGAGGAGGCCGCCGAGGAAAAGGCGCGGGAGUGGGAGAGCGCGUCCCCGACAGCUGCACCUGCCGGGGACGCGCCGCCGCCCGGUUCGGGAGGGAGCGCGCGUCUUAAAGAGACAGAGGCACUGGACUCGGAUUGGGCGGCGAUGGCUGCGGCUGAAGCGCUGGCCAGCCUGACACGGGGAGGGGGCACGGCAAAAGAAGCGACCCUGAAGGCGCAGAGCAAACGGAAGCCGGCGAAAAGCGGUAAAAAACCAGAGGACUGCGUGGGCGGAGGUCCCUCGGGACGCUGGGGAAGCAGGGAGGGCAGCCCGGAGAAAGCAGGCAAGCCCCUUAAAACGGGCGCGGUUGUGGACAGCGAGGGGUUUGAGGUUAUAGACACCAGCGUGGAGGACGAGGAAGCGGAGGCAGAAGCAGCCUCCUCGUCUCCUGCCGCCUCCUCUUCGGAGAACGCGGAGGAUGCCGAGUGCGCUAUCGUUUCCGUGGAGACCCGGGUUGCCCCGGAGACCAGGCGUUCCCUAGCAACGCUGGUGCAGAUCCAGGGCGAGCUGGAGGAGAUCGAAAAACGCGCCGCGCGCCUCUACCGCCGCAUGGAGCUGAAGUUUAACCGGAUGCGGCGCCCACACGUGGAAAAAAGACAUGCAGUUAUUCAGGGCAUCCCUGGGUUCUGGGUCACCGCUUUCCUGAACCACCCGCAGCUCUCCGCCCACAUCGAUGAGCACGAUGAAGACGCUCUGAGCUUCAUGACAAACCUGGAGGUAGAGAAUUUUAAGGGCACACGGCUAGGCUACCGAAUCUGCUUUCACUUCAGCAGGAACCCCUAUUUUCAGAAUGAAGUUCUCGUCAAGGAGUUCCAUCUCCGGGCCAAUGGAGCCUCCAUCUCUUUCUCGAACCCCAUCUGCUGGCUGCGAGGCAGGAACCUGGCUUCUCACAGUGGGAUGGUGAAGGGUCCGGGGAGCCUGCGAGUGUACCAGAGCUUCUUCAGCUGGUUCACCGACCACAGCAGCCCCACCACCGAUGAGAUCGCAGAGCUUCUGAAGGAUGACCUGUGGAAGAAUCCGCUGCAGUACUACCUGCUUCCACUGAGCCAGAGCGCACAGAACGGACGGCAAGUGGGAAACGGGGACGAGUGCGUGGUGAUCUCGGACUCGGAUGAAGAGGUGCCUGCUGAAGACAAAUCGAAAGAGGAGGGCAGCGAGGAAGGUGAGAGUUCUGAGGAGGACACGCAGGCCGAUGGAGAGGUUGUCAUUGAUGGCUCGGAGGACAGUGGGAGUGGAGAGGAGAAGGAGGGAGAGGAGGAGGAGGAGGAAGAGGAAGAGGGGGUCUCGGACGAACAGGAUGAAGUGGAUGUCGAGGAGCUGGACGAGAGCCUGGGGGGCAAGGGUCAAGAGGCAGAGGUGAAAGGUGAAGACGAGGAAGACCAAGAGGACAUUGAGGUGGACGGAGAUGAAGACAUUUAAAGAAACGAAUAAAGCUGCUGCAAAGCCUUUUUUUUUUUUUUUUUAAACCAGCAUAUAAAUUUAUUUUUUUUAAACUUAAAAAAAAAUAAAUAAAUAAAAUAUUAUAAAUCAGGGUUACAAGUUAAAUUAAAUUCAUCGCCCUUCCUGAACACACACUUCGAAACCCAGCUUCAUCAAAGCGUGUCAUCUCUUGUGAAGGUGUUUGGCAGUUUAUACAAGUGUUCAGAUCUAACAAUGAAGGCCACGCUGCUUUCCUCCCAGUCUCUCACACUGCCCCCCCCCCCACCUCAGUCCCUCGACUCCCAAAGCACUGUUGUUGGCUGCCUGCAAUACUUUGUGUAUCCAUUAACUAACAUCGUGGGUUAAAAAAAAAGGACAGAGGACAGUUAAGGGAUCACUUGCUAAUGUUACACCAGUGAAGGCUUUCAUUUCUCGCGAACGACCCAACAGACGGAAUCUGGUUUGAUCCAAGUUUUGUCGCUCUGAAUUUUAUUUGUCUGGUAGUUUCCUGUUUUGAAUCGCACUAAGAUGAAAGCAGGUUAAGAACUUAAGCAAAAAAAAUAAAUAAUAAAUUUGUGUGUUAUUCCUAA